AUGGCUGCACAAACGGAUCCCGAUCCAAGUGAAUACCUUUACAUCUCUGCGGAGAUGAAGAGGAAGGACGCGACGAAACCAUACGAUGGUAAGAAGAUGACUUGGGUCCCCGACGAGAAGGAGGGUUUCGUGCUCGGGAACAUCGAGUCGCUGGAAGGCGACAAGGCCGUUGUCGAUACUCCCUCCGGCAAGAAGACCUUCAAGAAGGACCAACUCCAGCAAGUCAAUCCGCCGAAGUACGAGAAAUGCGAAGAUAUGUCUAACAUGACUUAUCUCAACGACGCUUCCGUACUCCACAACCUCAAGGAGCGUUACUUCGCCAAUCUGAUUUACACCUAUUCCGGACUUUUCUGUGUCGCCAUCAAUCCCUACAAGAGGUUCCCCAUCUACACCCCUCGUGCCGUCAUGAUCUACAAGGGCAAGAGGAGGACCGAGGUCCCCCCUCACGUAUUCGCCAUCUCUGACGGUGCCUACAUGCACAUGUUGACUGAUAACGAGGACCAGUCCAUGUUGAUUACUGGCGAGUCCGGAGCCGGAAAGACUGAGAACACCAAGAAAGUAAUUUCCUACUUCGCCAACGUCGGUAAGAGCGACAGGAAGCCAACCGCUGCCGACGCCAAUAAGCCUUCACUCGAAGACCAGAUCGUGCAAACCAAUCCCGUACUCGAGUCGUUCGGUAACGCUAAGACCACCCGUAACGAUAACUCCUCCCGUUUCGGUAAAUUCAUCCGUAUCCAUUUCGGUCCCACUGGAAAGUUGGCUGGUUGCGAUAUCGAGACCUAUCUGCUCGAGAAGGCUCGUGUCAUUUCGCAACAGCCCCUUGAGCGGUCUUACCACAUUUUCUACCAACUCAUGUCCGGCAAGAUCCCCGACAUGAAGAAGAAACUGCUCCUGUCGGACGAAAUCCACGACUACUACUACGUGUCUCAGGGAAAAACCGAAAUUCCCGGCGUGGACGAUGCAGAAGAAAUGGGAUACACCGAUGAAGCUUUCGACAUUCUCGGUUUCGACGCCGACGAGAAGGACGGUGUCUACCGUAUCACCGCCUCUGUCAUGCACUUCGGUACGCUCAAGUUCAAACAGAGACCUCGCGAAGAGCAGGCUGAAGCCGAUGGAACCGAGGAGGGAGAACGGGUCGCCAAACUGCUCGGCGUCGACACCAACGAGCUGUACAAGAACUUGACCAAGCCCAGGAUCAAGGUCGGAACUGAGUUCGUGACCAAGGGUCAGUCUAUGGGACAGGUCUACUCGGCCAUCGGCGCCAUGUCGAAGGCCAUGUUCGAUCGUACGUUCAAAUUCCUCGUCAAGAAGUGUAACGACACUCUGGACACCAAGCAGGCACGCAAGCAUUUCAUCGGUGUGCUUGAUAUUGCUGGUUUCGAAAUUUUCGACUACAACGGUUUCGAGCAGCUCUGCAUCAACUUCACCAACGAGAAACUCCAGCAGUUCUUCAACCACCACAUGUUCGUGCUCGAGCAGGAAGAGUACAAGAGGGAAGGAAUCGACUGGGUCUUCAUCGAUUUCGGUCUCGAUCUGCAAGCUUGCAUCGAGCUCAUCGAGAAACCCCUGGGUAUCUUGUCCAUCCUCGAAGAGGAGUCUAUGUUCCCCAAGGCUACCGACAAGACUUUUGAGGACAAGCUGAACAGCACCCAUCUGGGCAAGUCGGCUCCCUUCCAAAAGCCCAAGCCCCCGAAGAACAAGGAUGUCGGACCCGCUCACUUCGCCAUUGCUCACUACGCCGGUACCGUAUCGUACUCGAUCACCGGCUGGCUCGAGAAGAACAAGGAUCCCCUGAACGAUUGUGUCGUCGACCAGUUCAAGAAGGGUAAUCUGAAGCUGCUCCAGACCAUCUUCGAAGACCAUCCUGGACUCGGCGCUGACGCGAAGGCCGACGGUGGCGGCAAGGGAGGUGGCCGAAAGAAGGGUUCUGGUUUCCAGACCGUCUCCGGUUUGUACAGGGAGCAACUCAACAAGUUGAUGCACACCCUCCACUCUACUCAUCCUCACUUCGUCCGUUGCAUCAUCCCCAACGAAUUCAAGCAGCCUAAAGUCAUCGACGCUCAUCUCGUCAUGCAUCAGCUCACCUGUAACGGUGUGCUUGAAGGCAUCCGUAUUUGUCGCAAAGGUUUCCCCAACAGGAUGGUUUACGCCGAUUUCCGUCAACGCUACACGAUACUCGGUCCCAACGCCGUCCCCAAAGACUUUGCCGAGGCCAAGAAACACUCCGAAGCCAAGGAUUCUUCGAUCGCCGUUAUCUCUAACAUCGGCCUUGACAAAGAUGAAUACCGAUUCGGUAGCACAAAGAUCUUCUUCCGCGCCGGAGUGUUGGGUCGUCUUGAGGAGAUGCGUGACGAACGUCUCGCCAAGAUCAUGACCAUGAUUCAAUCAGCCUGCCGUUGGUAUCUUUGCAAGAAACACUUCCAGAAACUCAAGGAGCAACGGUUGGCCCUGCGCGUCCUGCAGAGGAACCUUCGUCAGUUCGCUCAGAUGCGCAACUGGGCCUGGUGGAAACUCUUCAUCAAGGUGAAGCCGCUCCUCAACAUGACCAAGGCCGAGGACGAGCUUAAGGCUCUCGAAGACAAACUCAAGGAGGAGAUGGAGAAACUCGCCAAGGAGGAGAAAUUGCGCAAGGAGCUCGAAGCGCAGAACGCCAAACUCGUCCAGGAGAAGAACGAACUCUUCCUGCAACUUGAAUCCGAGCGCACCGGAGCCGGAGACAUCGAACAACGUCUCACCAAGGUCCAGUCCCAGAAGACUGACCUCGAGCGACAGGUCCGUGAGCUGGAGGAGCGCUGCCACCGCGAGGAGGACAGCGCCCAGAAACUCGGCCAGAACAAGAGGAAACUCGAGGGCGAAAUCUCUGCCCACAAGAAGGACAUCGAAGAUCUGCAGCUCUCCCUCCAGAAGGCUGAGCAGGACAAGCAGUCCAAGGACCACCAGAUCCGAAACCUGAAUGAUGAGAUCGCCCAGAAGGAAGAACUCAUUGCCAAGCUCAACAAGGAGAAGAAAUCCCUCCAGGAGCAGGGCAGCAAGACCACCGACGACCUCCAGGCUCAGGAGGACAAAGUCAAUCACUUGAACAAGGUGAAGGCUAAACUCGAGCAGACCCUCGAUGAAUUGGAGGAUUCGCUCGAACGCGAGAAGAAAGCCCGCGCCGACCUUGACAAGACCAAGAGGAAGGUCGAGGGAGACCUGAAACUCGCUCAGGAAGCGGUCGCCGAUCUCGAGAAGAACAAGAAAGAGCUCGAACAGACCAUCCAACGCAAGGAUAAGGAGCUUGCGGCCUUGGCCACCAAGCUCGAGGACGAACAAUCCCAAAUCGCCAAGCUCCAGAAGCAGAUCAAGGACUUGCAACAACGGGUCGAGGAACUCCAGGAGGAACUCGAGGCCGAACGCCAGGCUCGCUCGAAGGCUGAGAAGCAACGUUCCGAUUUGGCUCGCGAAUUGGAACAGCUCUCCGAGCGUCUCGAGGAGGCCGGUGGAGCCACCUCCGCUCAAAUUGAGUUGAACAAGCGUCGCGAGGCUGAACUCGGAAAACUCCGCCGUGAUCUGGAGGAGGCCAACUCGCAGAACGAGCAAAUCGUCUCCGCUCUCCGCCAGAAGAACAACUCCAUGGUGGCCGAGAUGACCGACACGAUCGACAACCUCAAUAAGCAGAAGGCCAAGCUCGAGAAGGAAAGAUCGCAAUUCAAAUCUGAGGCCGAUGACAUGCGCCAAAACGUUGAACACGUUCAGCGGGAGAAGGCCAACUCUGAACGUCAGGCGAAAAUGCUUGAAGUUCAACUUCAAGACACGCAGUACAAGCUUGACGAGUCCAAUCGCACAGUCAACGACUUCGAUGCCGCCAAGAAGAAGCUGGCUCUCGAAAACUCCGAGCUCCAGCGACAGCUCGAAGAGGCCGAGAGCCAAAUCAGCCAGCUUUCGAAGCAGAAGGCCUCACUCGCCAGCCAGGCCGAGGAGGCCAAGCGUGCUGCCGAUGAGGAGAACAGGGAACGAGCUGCUAUUCUUGGAAAGUACCGCAACAUUGAACACGAUCUCGACAACCUCCGUGAAGCCCUCGAGGAAGAGCAGGAAGCCAAGGCUGACUUGCAACGCCAACUUUCGAAGGCGAACGCCGAUGCUCAACUCUGGAGGAGCAAGUACGAAUCUGAGGGGCUCGCUCGUCUCGAAGAGCUCGAGGAGUCCAGGAAGAGACUGCAGAUCAAGCUGCAAGGCGCUGAGGAACUCAUCGAGGGUCUCAACGCCAAGGUGUCCGGUCUCGAGAAGACCAAGAGCCACCUCCAGGGUGAACUCGACGACAUGCAUGCUGAAGUCGAUCGCGCCCAACAAUUGGCCGCUCAACUCGAGAAGCGUCAGAAGUCGUUCGACAAGGUCAUCGCCGAAUGGAAAGCGAAGACCGACGAUCUCGCUGCCGAGUUGGACGCAUCGCAGAAGGAAUGCCGCAACUACUCCACCGAGGUAUUCAAACUCCGAGCUGCCUACGACGAGUCGCAGGAGCACUACGAGGCUGUCAAGAGAGAGAACAAGAACCUCCAAGAUGAACUCAAGGACCUUCUGGAUCAACUCGGCGAAGGCGGACGAUCCGUCCACGAGCUCGAAAAGGCUCGCAAGAGGCUCGAGCUCGAGAAGGACGAACUGCAACACGCUCUCGAGGAGGCUGAAGCAGCACUCGAACAGGAGGAGAACAAGGUACUCCGCGCUCAACUUGAACUCAGCCAGGUGCGCCAGGAGAUCGAGCGUCGUAUCCAGGAGAAGGAGGAGGAAUUCGAGAACACCCGCAAGAACCACCAACGUGCCCUCGACUCCAUGCAAGCCUCCCUCGAGGCUGAGGCCAAGGGACGUGCCGAGGCACUCAGGUUGAAGAAGAAACUCGAAUCCGACAUCAACGAGCUCGAGAUCGCUCUUGACGGAGCCAACAAGGCCAACGCUGAAGCUCAGAAGACCAUCAAGAGGUAUCAGCAGACGAUCAAAGACAUGCAGUCGCAGAUCGAAGACGAACAGAAGGCUCGCGACGAAGCUCGCGAUCAGUAUGCCAACGCUGAACGCCGCGCAAAUCAGCUUCAUGGCUCUCUUGAGGAAGCCAAGCAGCUCUUGGAGCAAUCGGAGCGGGCACGCCGAGCCGCCGAGGGUGAGAACCUCGAGCUCAGAGAAGCCAACAACGAACUGGGUGCCAACAACGCUUCUCUCGGAAUGGCCAAGAGGAAGCUUGAGGGAGAAAUGUCCGCGCUGCAGGCUGAUCUCGACGAGAUGAUCAACGAGUGCAAGGCCUCUGAGGAAAAAGCCAAGAAGGCGAUGGUCGAUGCUGCUCGUCUGGCCGAUGAGCUUCGCGCUGAGCAGGAACACGCUGGCUCCCAGGAGAAGAUGCGCAAAGCUCUCGAGAUCCAGAUGAAGGAUCUUCAAGUUCGUCUCGAUGAAGCCGAGGCCGCGGCCCUCAAGGGAGGCAAGAAGCUCAUCGAGAAGCUUGAACACAAGUGCCGACAGCUCGAAUCCGAAUUGGAGACCGAGCAACGCCGACACGCCGAUGCCGCCAAGAACGCGCGCAAGGGUGAACGCAGGAUCAAGGAGCUCCAGUUCCAGGCCGAAGAAGAUCGCAAGAACCACGAGCGCAUGCAGGAACUCGUCGACAAACUCCAGCAGAAGAUCAGCACGUACAAGAGACAAAUCGAGGAGGCUGAAGAGAUCGCCGCCAUGAACCUCGCCAAAUAUCGCAAAGCUCAACAGGAACUCGAGGACGCCGAUGAGCGCGCGAAUCUUGCGGAACAGAGCGUCGCUAAGCUCCGAGCCAAGAACCGCUCCUCGGUGAGCAUGGCUCGCGAGUAAACUCCUCCUACGCUAUCGUCAUCAAACGCCUCACGUUACUAAUAUCGUCUACGCAUCCGAUCGAUCAUUGUUGCUGUUCGCAUGAUAUAACAAGAGCAAAUAUCUUGGCGCCUUUCACCCGCAAGCUUAGAGAACGCUGAGCAUCGACCAAUGGGAAUCUUCCAUGCAGCUACGAGCGUGGCUGAGAGCAAUGGCCGGAAAGACUGGGAAGGGAAUACCACACGCUGCUUUAUCUCACUGACAUCGAACACGGAUCAGCCCAUCUUUCGAGAGCCCGCAUCUCAAAGCCGGCAAUAAAUCGCUGCACGGAAGAGCCCUUAUUGUGUUCUGGCAAAAACGUUCGAUGAUCGAGAGAAACAUACAAGAAGUGGUAAACUGAUGGAGGUUUCGCUUUUGAGUACUCGAUAAACUUCGCGAAUAUUAGCUAUGUCAUCCUAAAUAAAUACUCAUCAUUUGCAUAAGUAAAGU